GGGACUUGAAGAACAUUUAAAAAUGUGUGGAAAAUUCAAGGAGGCUCGCAUUGUUCUACCACAGCCUAACUCUGAUCUUUCAAUAUUAUGUUUUAAAAACACAAGACGAGAAGAAGCAAUACCGUUAGUUAUCUACGCUGAUAUGGAAAGUUUACUUGUUCGAACGAUGGAACAAAUAUCGGACAAGUCUAUGAUUAUACAAAAACAUAAAUCAAUGAGUUAUUGUUUUUACUUAGUACGCAACUCCAAAAUAUUACCGCAAAACAUCUGUCAGGGAUUACCGGAGGAACCAGUAAUGUAUCGAGGACCUGAUGCUGCUAAACAUUUUGUAUCAGCGUUGGUGGAUAUUGGAAAACAAGUAUCAGAUAUCAUGAAAAUUAACAUCGAGAUGAAUCCUCUAACUUCUGAGGAACAACAUCGUUUCAAUACCACAAAACAUUGCGACUCGUGUUUAAUAGAGUUUACCGAUAAGUUAGUAAAAGUCAAGGAUCAUAAUCAUUGGACGGCAAAAUUUCGAGCUGUUUUAUGCCACAAAUGUAAUUUACAACGACGAUAUUCCGCAUUCAUACCAGUUAUCAUGCAUGGUCUUUCAAACUAUGACUCGCACAUGAUAAUACCAGAAAUGGCUUACGACAAUAAAGACAUUACUGUUAUAGCACAAUCCGAAGAAAAAUAUAUUUCGUUCAGUAAGACAAUAAGCGAUUAUUUUCAACUUCGAUUUAUAGAUUCAUAUCGAUUUUUGCAAGCGAGUUUGUAUCAACUUACAACCACCUUGACUUUACCUGAUUUUGCACAUACAUUAAAUGUCUUUAAAUCGUUGGAGUUGGUCACACGGAAAUCGGUUUUCCCAUACGAAUACGUAGACAGUUGGGAAAAACUCGACGAAAAUCAGUUGCCAACCCGCGAAAAUUUUUACAGUUCCAUUACGAAAAAUACAGUAUCCGAAGAGGACUAUGAACAUGCAAAAAAAAUGUGGCAACACUUUGAAUGCAAAACUAUUGGUGAUUAUAGUGACAAGUAUUUACUUGUCGACGUUAUGGUACUUGCUGACAUAUUUGAAAAGUUUCGCGCGGAGAGUUUAAAAAAUUAUUCUCUGGAUCCCACUCAUUAUUACUCAUGUCCAGCCCUAUCAUUUGAUGCUAUGUUAAAAUAUACUGAUGUCAACAUUGAAUUGAUAACAGACCCAGAUAUGUUAUUAAUGUUUGAAUUGGGUAUACGUGGAGGUUUGACACAAGUCAAUCAGCGGUAUGCUCGAGCAAAUCAUCCAGGUAUCUCUGACUACAAUCCCAAUAUUCCACAUAAAUAUCUUCAAUACCUAGAUGCUACAAAUUUAUAUGGAACAGCAAUGAUGGAACCGAUGCCACUUGGUAAUUUUGAAUGGUCAACUGUUACAUUGGAGGAAAUACUUGACACAGCUGAGGAUGCUGAUCAUGGAUAUCUUGUGCAAGUCGAUGUAGAUUAUCCACAACAUUUACAUGAUUUACACAACGAUUUACCAUUUUUUCCGGUAAACGAGCGACCACCUCUACCGUCUGCCAAAUACAAAAAACUGAUGACCACAUUGUUUCCAAAACGUAAUUACGUUGUACACUAUCGAACAUUAAAGCAAGCGGUAAAACACGGUGUGGUUAUCACAAAACUGCAUAAAGUCAUAAAGUUUAAACAAUCUCGAUGGUUGGCACCCUACAUCCAAAUGAAUACAGAAUUACGUAAAAAAGCCUCCAACAAGUUUGAACAAGAUCUACCAAAAUAUAUGAUCAACUCCAACUAUGGUAAAACAUUGGAAAACGUGAGAAAACAUCAAAAUAUUCAACUUGUUUGUAACGAAGAUAAAUUAUCAAAACUGGUAGCGAAACCGUCGUUUGGUCACACCACAAUAUUUAAUGAAAACCUUGUAGCUGUACACAUGUAUAAAGAAAAAAUUAAUUUUUUUAAACCCAUUUUUAUUGGACAGGCCGUGUUGGAUAUUAGUAAAUGUAUCAUGUACAAGUUUCAUUAUGAUAUAAUGCAACCAUUUUAUGGUCCUGAAAGACUUAGACUCGUGUAUAUGGAUACAGACAGUUUUAUUUAUUUAAUAUUAACGCAUAGUUUUCAGGAUGAUUUGAAAAAAUAUCUGUUUGAAUACUUCGACACUUCCAACUAUCCCACUGAUCAUCCAUGUUACAGUGAUAAACGUAAAAAACAACCGGGUACAUUUACCGACGAAUGUAAAGGUAUGCAUAUGGAGGAAAUUGUUGCACUCUUGCCCAAAGUCUAUGCGUACCUGAUUGCCUACAAAAAUUAUAAAAACGUUUUGCGGCAAGAAGAAGUGAAGCGAUUGAAGGGUAUUAGUAUGGGUGUAGUGAAACAUGAAAUAAAUAUGGUUGACUAUUUAAAUUGUUUGCGAAAUAAACUAAAACAAAUUCACAAGAAAAUUUCCAUCAUACGUUCAAAACAUCACAAUGUUUUGACGGUAGAAACGAGGAAACUCGCAUUGUCCAACAACUAUGACAAGCGUGCAAUAGUCGGUGAUGAGUUUGAGUAUAAAAAUGUAUAUACAAAAGCGUGGGGACAUUAUUCUUUAAAUACAUAACAAUUUAUUUUGUAUAAAAUAUAUUAUUGUAUUUAGUAUUUUAUUAACAAUAUAUGUCAAUUUAUUAUAUAAUCUUUAAUUUAUAAUUUAU